AUGACAAACUCGCAAACAUGCAGUGGUGCCAUUGUGGUUGCAGACUCGGAGGCGGUGGUUCGCGAGGCGGUGAGCGUGGAGUGCGGCCGCGUGCUGGCGACGCUGUCACGGCACGAGCAGGAGGCGCGCGACCGCCUGGAGCUGGUGUGCCAGGAGCUGAUCAAGGGCCAGCUGGACAGGCUGGGCCGCUGCUGCGACCGCGGGCUGCAGGAGAUCAGGGAGGCGGUGAGUCACCCGCACCAGCUGUCUGACCCACACCCCACACCCUGCCCCAGCACUCUGUACAGUGUGGGCCCGUGCACUUGCUGUCCCCCUACUCUCUCCGACGUCUCCAUUCAGCUGGGCCGUCAGCAGAUGAUCGAGAAGGCAACGGAUCAGAUUAACUCAGGAAUUCGAGAUUCUGCUGACAGUGCAGUCCACAAGGCCCAGGAGCGGCUCUCCACGCUGGAGCUGGAAGCGACGUCUCGCGUCCAGAGCGAGUGCGAGCGACUGCUACGCGACUUCCAGGAGGAGUGCGACCAGAGGCUCCAGCUGGACCAACAGCUGGAGGAGGACCGCAAGCGCGAGAUGGAGGAGCGGAAGCAGCGCCUGAAGAACCUGAUCGAGAACAUCUUCGCGGACGAGGAGAGCGUGUCCACGGAGAACAUGGCGGAGGCGCUGCUGGAGGAGGAGGAGGCGGAGCUGGAGCGCCGGCUGUCGCUGCGGGGCUCCCAGAGGGGGCGGCGCCGCCCCCACUCCCAACUGGAGUCCUCCCUGGAGGGCACCGAGCGCGCCGAGUCCUGGGCGCUCGUCCAGGACAGCCCAGCCGCUGCGGCCCACGAAGACGCCCCGGCAGCCCAGCCAGCCACCCCACAGAGGCCACAGCAGAUGUCGAUGGCCCAGAUACUGAUGAUGCUCAUGUUGGUCUGUGUGCGGUCGAUGGUGACACAGACACUCAUGGCGCAGGUGACGAUGCUGCCGCAAGAGAGAGUGCGGAGCCAAUCUCUGGCAAUGCAGUCAGUGCGGGCGCCAGCGGUCGUGAAGACCCGGACGCGGACUGUUUCGCAGCCACUGGCGCAGAUGCAGGUGAAGCCGGCGGUGCGAAAGCCACCAGUGCGGGCGGCGAAGUCAGCACUGCCAAUCGCCAAGGCCCGGCUGUGUGUGCAGACGAUGCCAUCCAAGGGGAUGCCUCCUCCACUUCCACCGAAGCCGCCUGUGGCCAAAGAAGACAGAGAGGAGAAGGCGAAAGAGGCGGACCAGAAGAAAGAGAAGAAGAAAGAGAAGAAAGAGAAAAAAGACAAGCAGUCGUCGACGUCCUCGUCCUCGUCGUCGAGCUCCUCGGAGGGCGAGGAGUCUGGGAAGGCCCUGGAGAGGGCGGGCGUGGGCCGCGGCACGUGGCAGCUGGUGGGCGGCGCCGGACACGCCGCCCUCAGCCUGAGGGCCGCCGGAAGGGCCGCCUCCGGGGGUCCGGACGCCGGGGAGCCGCCCUCGCCGCCCCCGCCGCUGCCGGCCACGGCACCGCCAGCACCACCGGGGAUCACGCGUCCAAUCAGCUACGUGCCCGGUCGGACAGACGGCGACAACAAGGAAGACGACGGCGCCAUCUUCGUCUGA